AUGGAGCCGACCCCCGAAGCCGAGGAGGCGCACACUGUGCGCGAGGCGCUGGGCCGCUACGAGGCGGCGCUGGAGGGUGCGGUGCGUGCACUGCACGAGGACAUGCAGGGGUUGCAGCGUGGCGUGGAGCGGCGCGUGGCCGAGGCGCUGCGCCUGGCUGGCCCCUUGGCUCGCACUGUGGCCGAGCUGCAGCGGGACAACCAGCGGCUGCAGGCGCAGCUCGAACGCUUGACGCGCCAGGUGGAGGCGCUGGGCUUGGCGACUGGUGUGUCCCCUGCACCCCGCACGCCCAGUCCACCUCCUGCGGCCACAGUUACAGACCGGGCCCCCCGCCUGGGCACCGCACGCUUCUCCAGUCAUGCCACCUUCUCGCUGUCCGGUCGAAGCCCGAGCGUGGAACAUGAUGAAGCCAGUGACCUCGAGGCGAGACGAACUUCAAACUCAUGCAUCAUGGAGAAUGGACACCAGCUGGAAACCGGUCCAGCCAAUGGAUCUUCUGAGGUCCAAACCUCAUCAACCCAGGAGUCCCCUAGGCCACGUCCUGUGAGCCUCUCCUUGCGGAUGCCCCACCAGCCCGUCACAGCUGUCACCCGAGUCUCUGAGAAAUUCUCUGGGGAGACCUCAGCUUCAGCUCUGUCACCCACAUCGGCUGCCAUUGUGGGGGGCUUCACCCCAAGCCCUAGUGAGGUCAUCAGCCCUUGGACUCCUAGUCCCACUGAGAAAAGCUCCUCUUUCACGCGGUCUUUGUCUGGCUCUGGGUAUGGAGCAGUGACGGCUGGCAAUCGCAAGGACAGCCCUCCACUGGUGACCCCACCACAGUCACCCCCAUCCUCGCAGCCUCCAGCUAUGACUCAGGCCCCUCGCCAGGGAGAGCGUCGCAGGGAGUUGGUGAGGUCGCAGACGCUGCCUCGCACUUCAGGGGCACAGGCUCGGAAGGCACUGUUUGAGAAGUGGGAGCAGGAUACCGCGAGCAAGGGCAAAGGUGAGACCAGGGCCAAACUAAAGAGGUCACAGAGUUUUGGUGUGGCCAGUGCCAGCAGCAUCAAGCAGAUCCUCCUUGAGUGGUGCCGUAGCAAGACUGUGGGCUAUCAGCAUGUGGACCUGCAGAAUUUCUCCUCCAGCUGGAGUGAUGGGAUGGCCUUCUGUGCCCUGGUGCACUCCUUCUUCCCUGAUGCCUUUGACUACAAUGCCCUGAGUCCCACACAAAGGCAGAAGAACUUUGAACUGGCCUUCACCAUGGCUGAGAAUCUGGCCAACUGUGAGCGCCUCAUUGAAGUGGAGGACAUGAUGGUGAUGGGCCGCAAGCCGGACCCCAUGUGCGUCUUCACCUACGUUCAGUCGCUCUACAACCACCUGCGUCGCUUUGAGUAAAGCUGGCAGCCUGGAGUGGCCAGGAAGAGACUCUGAGGUCCCUCACGUUCCCCCAUGGCAGCCUGACCCACAUGAGAGGAGCUGCCUCUGUGGUGUGAGCUGCUAUUUGCUCUCUGGCAUGUGACCACGUGCCCCUCACACUCAGUUACUGACUAAAAGUAUUGAUGAGGCUAAGCUGAGCCCCAUAGCCCCUCAUAGCCAAGGGCUGGAAGGAGAAGGAAAAACUCGAGAGUCAUAGAAAUUGGUGCUAAGUAAUAAUCUUCCCACAGGAAGUGCUCAUGGUUUCCCCUCUGAAUUUGAUAUAUUGGCUUGACAGGGUUCCAUUAAUUAUCAAGUUUUCUUUCUUUUUUUUUUCUAUCA